CUUCUUCUUCCUCUAACGACAUCCUCUCAUUUCCCUCUCUUUCUUUAUUUCUGUGUGUGUGUGUGUUUUCACUGUGUGUAAUUAAACUAUCAUCAUCAUCAUCAUAAUGAAAGCAUUAUCAACAGCAUCAAUCGGCGGUGGCGGUAAUAUCCUCUGUUCUCAUCGGUUAAAUCUCUCCGGCAACAACCGUCAGUUAAUCUCUUUCAAUCAGUUGAAUCUCCGGCGGAGCUCCGGUAGCUUCAAUAAUCAGGAUCAGUUUAUUGAUAGACCUAAAAGUUACGUUAACCUUAGGUUUGUUGUUGUUAGAGCUGCGGAUUCUUCUCCGGCGUCGGUUCCGGCUGCCGCUGCUAGUGGCGGAAAGGCGAUAGUCGAAGACGAGGAGUUUUCGCUUGCGAAAGUCUCCUUUGGUGUUAUUGGACUAGGUCUUGGACUUUCACUCCUAUCUUAUGGUUUUGGAGCAUAUUUCAAUAUUCUCCCAGGAUCUGAAUGGUCAGCAUUGAUGUUGACGUAUGGAUUUCCUCUGACGAUUAUUGGGAUGGCUCUCAAGUACGCAGAACUCAAACCAGUGCCAUGUUUGACUUACUCUGAUGCUCAGGCUCUGAGAGAAAAAUGUGCGACCCCUAUCCUUAAGCAGGUCAGGGAUGAUGUUAUCAGAUACCGCUAUGGAGAUGAACAACAUUUGGACGAGGCUUUGAAGCGUAUCUUCCAGUAUGGUCUGGGUGGCGGUGUGUCACGAAGGAAUGCUCCAGUUUUACAAAAAAUCCGUGAAGAAGUUACAGAAGAUGGUAAAUAUUGCUUAGUGUUGGUGUUCGAAGCCAAAGCACUUGAGUUGACUGAUUUUGAAAAAAGACAGCAAAAAUUUGCUUCCUUUUUUGGCCCGGGAAUCACUGCUGAAGUCGGGAAAGGAGAAGAAGAGAGUACGUACGAUGUACGCCUAAUUUCCAACAACACGUUGUAAUUACUACAUGCUACUUGAAUACCAUUUGUAUCUGCUAGAAAUGAGUUCCACUAAUUUUUCAUAGCUGGGGAAACGUUGAAUAAUCCAUUAUCUUAUUAUUUAUAUAUAAGAAUGAAAAAAUUGUCCUGCUGUAUCA